AUGGGUCAGCAAAACCCCCCGGCGGGAGGAUCGCGAAAGAUCUCCUUCAACGUGUCCGACCAGUAUGAAAUUCAGGAUGUCAUUGGCGAGGGUGCCUACGGUGUGGUCUGCUCCGCCAUCCACAAGCCGUCCGGCCAGAAGGUCGCCAUCAAGAAGAUUACCCCGUUCGACCACUCCAUGUUUUGUCUACGCACACUCCGUGAGAUGAAGCUGCUGCGCUAUUUCAACCACGAAAACAUUAUCUCCAUUUUGGAUAUCCAACGACCCCGCAAUUACGAGGGCUUCAAUGAAGUGUAUCUGAUUCAGGAACUCAUGGAGACUGAUAUGCACCGAGUCAUUCGCACACAAGAUCUAUCGGACGACCACUGCCAAUACUUUAUUUACCAAACCCUGCGGGCGCUCAAGGCCAUGCACUCAGCCAACGUUCUUCACCGUGAUCUGAAGCCAUCCAACCUCCUGCUCAACGCCAAUUGCGAUCUGAAAGUCUGCGACUUCGGUCUGGCGCGAUCCGCCGCGUCCACCGACGACAACUCCGGGUUCAUGACGGAAUACGUUGCCACUCGUUGGUACCGUGCCCCGGAGAUUAUGUUGACGUUCAAGGAGUACACCAAGGCCAUCGAUGUAUGGAGUGUUGGCUGUAUCCUGGCCGAGAUGCUGAGUGGCAAGCCUCUGUUCCCCGGAAAGGACUAUCACCACCAGCUGACCCUGAUUCUGGACGUCCUCGGUACCCCCACGAUGGAAGAUUACUACGGCAUCAAGUCCCGAAGAGCACGCGAGUACAUCCGCUCCCUCCCCUUUAAGAAGAAGAUUCCCUUCCGGGCCCUCUUCCCCAAGAGCAACGACCUAGCCUUGGAUCUGCUUGAGAAGCUGCUGGCCUUCAACCCUGCCAAGCGUAUCACCGUCGAGGACGCCCUGCGCCACCCAUAUCUGGAGCCGUACCACGACCCUGAGGAUGAGCCGACGGCACCGCCCAUUCCGGAGGGAUUCUUCGAUUUCGACAAGAACAAGGAUGCUCUGAGCAAGGAGCAAUUGAAAAUGCUUAUCUACGAGGAAAUCAUGCGGUAA